GACAGGCAGCCCAGCAUUCAUAGGGGAAGGGCAGACGCCGCGCGUUCACUCGCCUCCCCAUCUCGCUAGCUGGUCUCGCCGCUGGAGUGGUGAGAGAAGCCAGGCUCCCUCCGGGUCCCCAUGGAGCCCAAGGCCCCGGCUGCGCCGCACGGCGACGGGUCGCCGGCCGAACCCCCCCGCCGCCGCGGCGGCGGCGGUAAGCGGAAGGCGGCGGGGUCGUCGUUCACGCCGUCCAAGCGGCACGCCAAGGAGCGCAACGCCUUCCACGCGUCCCCUCACGUGCUGCACAGCGGGCCGCUCACCCGCGCAGCGCGCCAGUCGCCGCACAAGCAUUCGGGCGCGCCGCCAGAUGCCACUCCCGUGGCGGCGGGGGCCAGCGGAUCGGGGAAGGGCGAGGGCGACGUGAUCCGGCUCGACGGGGAGCAGGCGCCCGCCGAGGACACGCCGCUGGUUGACGAGGCGUUCGAGGCCGUCCGAUCCCGUGGCGCCGGCGUCCAUGUGGUCCCUACCUUCGCCGGAUGGUUUUCAUGGAAGGAAAUCCACUCAGUUGAGAAGCAAACCUUGCCUUCGUUUUUUAAUGGAAAAUUUGAGAAGCGGACACCAGAGAUAUACACAGAGAUUAGAAAUUUCAUCAUGAUGAAAUUUCAUGCCAAUCCUCAACUGCAGCUGGAGUCCAAAGAUUUGGCUGAAAUGUCAAUUGGGGAGGUCGAUGCUCGACAGGAAGUGUUUGAGUUCUUGGAUCGCUGGGGCCUGAUCAAUUUUCACCCUUUCCCACCUGCUGGUCUAGAGGAGAAUAAGCCAGAGGAGAGCCAGAGCAAUUCUCACAAUGAGGAGAAAGUUUCUCUUGUUGAGAAGCUGUUUAAAUUUGAACCGAUUCAGUCAUACAUGAUCCCUUUACCAAAGAAAGGAGAGGUGGAAACUCCAGCCCCUCUGCCUAGCUUCCUUCCUGAUCCUUUACUAGUUGAAGAUGUGAUUGCAGCAGCCGAGCCUUCUGUUGAGUACCACUGCAACUCCUGUUCAGUUGAUUGCUCGGGCAAGCGCUAUCAUUGCCGGACCCAGGCAGAUUUUGACCUGUGUUCUGACUGCUUCAACGAAGGGAAAUUCGAUGCAGGCAUGUCGAAAACUGAUUUCAUCCUCAUGGAUUCCGCAGAAGUUUCUGGUGCUCGUGGUACUAGUUGGACUGAUGAGGAGACAUUGCUUCUUUUAGAAGCUUUGGAAAUAUUUGGUGGAAAAUGGACUGAGAUUGCUGAACAUGUUGCCACAAAAACUAAAACACAGUGCAUGUUACACUUUCUUCAAAUGCGAAUUGAGGACCACUUUCACGGUGGUGAAGAUCUUCAACAAAAUAUCCAGGAAAGCACAAAGCAAGCCUUGGCAGAAAAAGGCACUGCUGAAGUACCUGAGAAAAUGGAAGUUGAAGAGAAAGUUGAACAAAAAGAUACCGAGGAUGAGAAGCCUGCAGAGAAAACAGACACCAAUCAUGCGGAAACAGAAGCAGAAGAUGGAAGUGCCGUUGAAAAUAAAAAUACCAAGAAUUCAGGUGGUGUAGAUUCAGUUACAUCUCCAAACACUGACGAGCCUAAAACAUCUGGUGAUACUGAGCAAGCGAAGGAAAAUUCUGUUAAUCCUGAUACUUCUGGUGAAAAUGCAUCAAAUGUUGCUAUCAAUACUUCUGGUGAAAAUGCACCAUGCAAUGCUAUUGAUAUCCUCAAAUCUGCUUUUGAGGCUGUUGGUUACUUUCCUGGAGAUCAAGGUUCAUUUGCUGAUGCAGGAAAUCCUGUUAUGACACUGGCAGCAUUUUUGGCUGGUCUUGUGGAAGAUGACAAUGCUACCACUUCUUGCCGUAGUUCACUAAAAGCUAUUUCUGAGGAUUCUCCUUCACUCCAAUUGGCAAGUAGGCACUGUUAUAUACUUGAAGAUCCACCGAGUGAUCUGAAAGAUAUUUUUGUCAGUGUAAGUAAUACAGAUAAAGAUGGUGAUCAAACAAAAGAUGAGGAUAUGAUUGUAGAUUCAACUGGUAAUGAGAAAAAGGACAUCGAUGAUAAGGAAGAGAAUACUUUGCCUGUGGAAAAGCAAAACACUCCAUCCAUUUCAGCAGAAGACCACCAAGAAUCAGAAAACAAGGGUGUAUCUUGUGAUGAAGCACCCUCGGUGGAGCCUAAAUCCAAUAAUGCUAAGGGGUCAGGUGAUGCGAUUCCUCUGGUGGAUGAGAGUGCACCUGACGCCACCAAAGGUUCUUUAAGUUCCAUUAAAGAUUCAGUUAUUCCACAAAAUAAUGCAAAUGGAUGUGAUUUGUUAGCUCCUCCAGAGGUUAUUGCAGGAAGUACAACGGGCACAACUAGUCCUGAACUGGUAAAGGACAAACCAAGUUCUGAGGUGGAGCCACAUGAUGAUUCAUCUUUACAAGGCAAGAUCGAGCUUAGUAAGACGGAAGACGCAGUUGCUACCCCAACUAUCAUACAAGAACAUGAGAAAAGCCAAACAUUGGGAGAUGGCAAGAUGGAAGAACCUAGCAGUACUGAAAACAUACCCGUCAAUGCAGAGAAGGGCUCGACAGUGACAGCCAAGCAUAAUGAUUCCAUAACUAGGCUAAAACGAGCAGCAGCUACUGCCAUUUCAGCCGCUGCUGUCAAGGCUAAGUUCCUUGCCGAGCAGGAGGAAGAUCAAAUACGCCGGCUAGCUGCACUGGUGGUUGAAAAGAUGUUGCAGAAGACAGAGGCGAAGAUGUCAUUAUUUGCCGAUAUCGAGCAUGUGGCCCUCCGAACAAGAGAGUACACUGAAAAGACCAGAAAGAAGCUUCUGAUGGAGCGGAAUGCGAUAAUCGCUGCUCGCAUGGGUGCAGUGUCAUCUAGGGCAAACCAGCCUGGUAUUGCUGGUAACAGAUUACCGGCUGGAUAUGGCGGUCCUGCGGUAAGACCACCAAACGCAAUGCCCCGGCCCAGCAGUUGAGUUGACGAGGUAAACCUGUCGUCACCUCGUGCUCUAUCUGCGUGCCCCGUUCUUUUAGAAGCACACCUCAAACCAGUCAGGCAUAAGCUCUGUUGUUGCUGUAGCAUUCUUGUAGAAGUGUACCGUAUGAAUGUAUGAUGAUCUCCAUGACGUUUUCGAUGAAAAAAAUCACCUUCGUAGAAGAAUAUGAUUUAUUUUUUUCACCAUUUUCGCUUUGAACGUGAUUUCUUCCGAGUAA